AUGGCUUUCAAUGGGCGUGGGGGUGUCGGCUUGGGUGCCGUCGCCGCUGGUGAGAAUUCACACAACAUGUUUUCGGCAGCUCCAUUUGGCUCAGGUGCAACUUCUCCGCACUCCCAUCUACACCAAACCAAACCUACUUCUCCACAAAAACUUACUUCCUUUACUCUCUCACCCUCAUACUCUAGAGAUCAAUCUGGAGACAAAAACGCCAAUCUGGAGUUCGCACAGGCGCAGUCUUUCGCCCGGAAGGAGCUUCUGGGCGGAUCGUUUGGGGAUAUCAGUGGCGCCACGAACGGCCGACACGAAGAAACACCAGAGGAUAUGCAAAAAAAGGACCCGCUCGCUACUCAAGUAUGGAGAUUGUAUAGUAAACAAAAGAACGUUCUCCCUAACGCGGAGCGUAUGGAAAAUCUUACCUGGAGAAUGAUGUCAAUGACACUACGUAAAGAGCAGCAACAAGCUCGAAUGGCCGCAAGACAAUCUCAGCAACACCAAAACCGAAUAGGAGGGAUUUCUGCUGCAGCCCGCUCAGCAGCUGAAAGUAAAACGUCUUCGGCGAGCGUCAGUGCGAACCCGUCAGAGCCCGAUUGUAUGUUUAUGGAUGACCUUACCUUUACAUCACCAUCAUCAAUGGUUGGCUCCCCAAGCGGAUUUUCGAGUUGCGGGGUUGCACAUUCACCAAGCAGCGAGAACCUAAAUCCCAAUACCUCAUCUCAUGCUAUUGCCUCGGCAAUCCCCAUAAAGAAAUCAUCUCGAGAAAAAGAACUCAUGAUUAGUUCUCAUCUUCCACCAGCCUCUGCACCCCAGCAUCUCGAGAAUAAUCACGAUGAGUUUGAUUAUGUUCAGAGGAGGAUUCGGAAAACAAGUGUCGAUGAGCGUCGACCUCCCAAGCGACGCGCGGACUUCUCCCCACACGUUCCUCCAGUUGCCAGUAUCAUGAUUCCCAACGAUCCAGAUCCGGACCACGAUUUAAGCGAUUAUCAUCUGGAUCAGGAUCACCAAGGAUUCUCAAUCCCAAACUCACAUCCAUCUACUAUGUCAUUUCUUGACACCUCUGUGGAGACGUCGGAGUACCUUACUUCUGCUGGGCCCUAUCAAAAUAGCUUCUUUUCUCCUGUUCACAGCCCUGUUGUGACAAAUGGUCCGUUCUCGAACAUGUAUAGUUCCCAUACACCCAUGGCGUCUUCCGUGACCUCAAAUGAUUUCUAUUCCCCCCCCGCCUCCGCCAACCACUCUGUUGUUUCGACGCCUCAUCCUCUCUCCGAAAAUCACGCAGGAAAUUUCUUCGAUCAGAUCAACAUUGACAGGCAACAAGGGCGCACAAUCCCCAGCUUUGGACAUUCAAGGAACAGUACAUUACCAAAUAGCCUCACAUCCAACGAGUACUACUUCAGCAACACCGACCCUCUUUUGAGUGCAAACCCAUCUGCUACCCAUUCAGGAUUUCCAUCGCCUGGAUAUCAACAGUUUCAACACGUCAACCCCUCACAGGUUUUGCGCGGAGAUUUUAGCCUUGCUAAGUCACCAGGUUCUAGCGGGGCUAGGAAUGACGGGAUGUUUUCUUUUGGUGCUGAUUCUGACCUUGAGGACGAGGAAAUGGACCGAAUGAAUAUUCAAAGCGAUUUGAAUCAAAUCGAAGAUCAAAUGGACGUGCAAUCAGCCCUGCAAACUCAUUUCGGAGAGUGGGGUCAGAGAAAUGGUGCGGGUGGGCAAAACUCAUUUGGAAAUGGGCGGUACCCAGGACAACAGCAAAAGACAGUGAGGAUUGGUGGCACCGAGACUGCGCCCUCUCCGCAAGAAUGGAGUAUGAGUGGGGGGCAUCAUAGCCGAUCACAUUCCGUUAGUGCAUCGGUAAGUGAUAUGCGUAACAGGGUACAGGAUCCAAACGGUGCGCGAAGGCAGAAAAUCGCUCGAACAAGUUCUACGCCGAAUGCUCCCCAGUUGGCCAUUUCAAUAAUGAACCAGCGCGUCCAAUCUAAUCCAAGCACACCGCCAGAGUCUGGUUUCAGUUCCACUGAACCUUCCCGGCCAGCUUCACCAGAUGGUCAGAAGAAUGGAGGGGCUGGAGCUGGUGGUUCCAACGGACUUCCGACGACUUGCACUAAUUGCUUUACACAAACCACGCCUUUGUGGAGGAGAAAUCCCGAGGGUCAUCCUCUAUGUAAUGCGUGUGGUCUAUUUUUGAAACUACAUGGUGUGGUUCGCCCUCUUUCAUUGAAAACGGAUGUCAUCAAAAAGCGUAACCGUGGAAGUGGAAACUCGAUGCCUGUCGGAAAUGCGGCAACUCGCGCAUCCAAGAAGGGUGGUCGGAAGAAUUCUUUGGUACAAACCCCAGUUACUACGCCAGUUUCGGCACAGUCCAAAAGUCUCGCAGGGUCGGAAUCUCCACCCUCUACAGGUGGGGGGUCUAAUGUCAGCACUCCUACGAAUAAUUUGUCUAUGAUGAGUGCUUCUGGACAGGGUAACAAAAUAAGUGUCAUUCCAAUUGCUGCCGCACCACCAAAGAGCUCCCUUAGUGGCAAUUCAGCUCGGCCAAUUGCUGUUGCAGUGCCGAAGCGUCCUCGACGGCUCUCAAAAAGCCAGGGCCAUCCUCAGGAGAGUGAAGAUGGUGAUGCUAUGGAUGAUUCAACAAGAGAUAUCGGCAAAAAGAAGGAUAAGCCUUUGGCACCGAUUCUCCAGCAAUCAACGUCGUCAAUUAUACAUAACACAACGCAUCACACACCUAUUGCGCCGGCGGUCAAUCCCACAGCUGGCACCCAGGAAUGGGAAUGGCUUACAAUGUCUCUUUAA